ACUGGCCCAGGGGCGGAGCUGCUACAUCCGGGGUCUGGCAGCUUGCGGUUGUUUUGUUUUCUAGGCUGAGUUCAGCGGCUAGUGAGGCGACCCCGCGCGGCGCAGCACCGGCUACCGGAGCUACUGCACCGUCAGGGCUGGACUGACUUAACAUGUCUGGAUUUCUGGAAGGUAUGAGAUGCUCAGAAUGCAUUGACUGGGGGGAAAAGCGCAAUACUAUUGCUUCUAUCGCUGCUGGUGUCCUGUUUUUCACAGGCUGGUGGAUUAUUAUAGAUGCAGCUGUUAAUUACCCCUCUAUGGAAGAGUUCAACCACUCAUACCAUGCCUGUGGUGUUAUAGCAACCAUAGCCUUCCUAAUGAUUAAUGCAGUAUCAAAUGGACAAGUCCGGGGUGAUAGUUACAGUGAAGGUUGUCUGGGUCAAACAGGUGCUCGCAUUUGGCUGUUUAUCGGUUUCAUGCUGGCCUUUGGAUCUCUGAUCGCAUCCAUGUGGAUUCUCUUUGGAGGUUAUGUUGCUAAGGAAAAACUCAUAGUAUAUCCUGGAAUUGCUGUAUUUUUCCAGAAUGCCUUCAUAUUUUUUGGAGGACUGGUGUUUAAGUUUGGCCGCACUGAAGAUUUGUGGCAAUGAAAAUAGACUUCGGCAGCCUGGCAGCCCUGCAUGGGGCUUUUUACCGCUCACUCCCAGUCUUUUGUAAUGCCAUUUUCUAAACUUAUUUCUGAGUGCAGUCUUAGCUUCAAGUUGUAUAAUGCUAAAAUCAUGAGAACUCCCUGUGUAAACAGCAACAAAAUCUCUCGUGGUAUGCACCUAAUUAACUUAUACACUGUUAAAGGAAACUUUCACAUGAGUAACUUCUGUCAAGUUUUAUCAUGGUAUAAUUUGUAAAAAUAAAAAUAAAUUACAGAAGAAAUUAUGAAUUCAUCAGUGUGUUUGGUCUGAGGUCCAAAACUGCAGUGAAAGUGAUCUGAAGAUUUAAUGUGUUUAUUUAAAUGUGGCCUCUUCUUUGUCAUAUAUUAAAUGAAAUUAAGUAUUUUCUUGUUUUUAUAAACUAGUCAUUGGUCAGAAUUGUUUCUCAUUACAUAUUUAUAUUUGGUUUAUAUGUUUUUACCAAAAAUUCUGUAAAAGUUUCAGCAUAUUAGCAUGAGCAUUUGAGGGUCUCCCAAAAUGUGAGUGAACAUGUCAGAAAAAAAUCUGUGAUUCAGCCACCAGGCUCCUGUGUCUCUUCUAUGGGAUAUCUUCCAUGUGCCACUGAUUCAGGGGAGGGUGCUGUAACUCAGCCACCAUACAGGUCCUGGUGGGACACUGCACUCAGAUAUGUUUGCCUGCACCUCGAAAACAAACCACAGGAGGCCAUUUUUGGUGAAAAGGAGAAAGGAUUUAUCAAAACUACCUCUGAGGAGUUGGAGGGACCUCAUGUUGCCACAAAUCACCAUCUCCCCAUGUCCUGGUGUGCAAGGGGCUACUUUAUAGUAAGAAAGGAAGGGGGAGGGAAUACAGUGAGACAAUGGGUAACUCAAGAAUUGUGUAGUCCUUGGGCCAGGGAUUUGGCUCAGUGGUUCCGCCACCUGCCUCACAAGUGCAAGGUCCCGAAUUCGAUCCCUGGUACCAAAAGAAAAAAUUGCGUAGUCCUUCCUGGCCCUUUUCCUCUCUCUCCCAUUCCUGUAGAAAGGAAAUUAAACUUUGACUUCUUGGGACCAA